AUGUAUUCGAUUAUUAAGACCCAGAAAAAAUCGAAAGCAAUUUACUUUCGAGAAAAUUUUUAUCGAUUACAAAAAACAAACAAAAAUGGUACUGAUCGAUGGGUUUGUACUAAACGACAAUGCUCCUCUUCAUUAACUAUAAAAAACAAUACAAUUCAAGCAAUAAGAGGUGCACACAAUUAUGAUAAUCUUAAACGAUCACCAUCUAUUAUCAAAACAGUUACCAAUAUUCGUGAAAAAGUUUGUACCAACGUAUCGAAACCUAUCACACAAAUAUACAAUGAAACUGUGUCUGAUUAUAGAAAAAUUCAUGGUACUGCUGAAUCAAUUCCAAUAUUCGAUAUUCUUAGAUCGACUUUAUACCGUGAUAGAGCGGUAGUUUUUCCAAAGCUUCCAACAGCAAUCAGUGAACUAAUUUUACCAGAAAAUUUUACUAAAAAUCUUUACAAUGAAAAAAUGUUAUUUUGUGAUAAAAUAAAACAAUCACGUCUUCUUGCAUUUUCAUCAUUAAGUGCCUUAAAACAACUUGCGCAAUCUAGUAUAUGGAAUGCUGAUGGAACUUUUAGAACAGCUCCUAAAUUCUUCUCACAAUCAUAUACAAUACAUGCACAUGACGAAUAUUCAAUGAAACUAAUCGUAUUUUCAGCAUUGCCUGAUAAAUAUGAAGAAACAUAUUCAACAGUUCUAGAGGCAUUAGUCUUAUAUGCACAAACAAAUAAUGUCAUUUUAAAUCCAACAUCUAUUUUAAUUGAUUUUGAACAAGCAGCAUUUAAUGCUUUUAAAAAGAUAUUUCCACAUGCAAAUAUCUUAUUUUGUCAUUUUCACUUUGCGAAAAAUAUAAUGAAACGUUUAAAAAAAUUACCACUUUAUAAUAUAGGUUUAAAUGAUGAAUUAAAAAAAAAUAAUACCAAACGUGAAAUUGCUAAUAUUUUAUCUUUACCACUGCUACCACCAAAUAAAAUAACUGCUGCAUUUUUUGAUACGGUUGAAGUAUUAGAAUCUAUUAAUCGAAAUUUUAAACCAUUUCUCAAUUAUGUCGAAAAAACUUAUAUUAUUAAUGCUAAAUCAACCUCGAAAAAAAUUUCAUACCAUUUUAUUCAUGCAAAUACUGCGAUUUUAUUUGAGAAUAAUAUUACAUUAGGUAUUUUUAUUAAAACCGUAAUACAUUUUAUUUUAUCAUCAGUUAUUGAACAUAAAUGUUCAUUUUUUAAUGUUGAUUUCAACUUACAAAAAGGUACUAUACCUGAUUUAAUUAUAUUUUUGUCACCAUAUAUUGAUAUAUUACGUGUAAACUGUACAAAAUGCUACUUAUCUAAUUCCUACAUUCAAAUAGCAGAAAUUGCACAUUUAAUAGUACGAAAUAGACAAAAUAAAUGGAGUUUAGCAAUUGAUUUAAAUGUUUAUUCAAAAAAUCAACAAUUUCGUUUAUUCGACUGCGUCAAACGAGGAGAAAAUAACUUUUUGCUACAGUCUAUUAAUUUCCCAUUUUAUAAUCAUUCCACUAUCCCAUAUGAUGAAGUAUUGGAACAAUCACUCAUCACCUAUAAUAUUAAUAUUUCCAAUUUACACAUACUUUAUCUUGACAACAAUCAAUUUAAAAUUAAACCAGUUAAUUCGAAUAACUUGUAUCCAGAAGGUACAAUAAAUCUUAAAAUAUUGAAUACUAUCAAUAAAUAUUAUAAUUCUUUAUUUAUACUUAAAUCAAACUUGAUAUCUUUUCCGAAAUCAAAUGACUUGCGAUUUUUACAGGGUAAAAAAAUUAAUUAUAUCCAUGUAUCCCAAGAGGAAAUACAAACAUUUACAUCAUUUGUUCAAAAAUUAAUAACUUCCGAUACAAAUCAUCAAGGCUAUAUUCAAUCGUGUGUCCGUGGUGAUUACAAUAAUCAACUACUAUUUUUCAAUAUCGGAGGAAACUAUCGAUUCUGUCCAAAAAAAGGUUCACAUCAUCAACAUAAUAGCGUAGCAAUUUUAGUCGAUACAAAAAAACUUACGUAUACCAUUCGUUGUAAGGAUUCUCAAUGCAAUAACAUAUCUUUAAUAUGGAAUACUAUUGAAUAA